CACAGCAAUUUGCUCGAUAUCCAUUUCAUUUCAUUGACCCCGCUGAGCCGAGUCGCUCGCUUCAAACCGAGAUGAAGGCGACGGUCGCUGCCGUGGUGGCCUCGUUGGCGCUGCUCGGCCCAGCCCACGGCGCGGGCAUCUCGUCAGCAUCAUCGCGAAUACCCUCGACCAGCAGCCACAACACCAACACGGCCGUCUUCCCUUUCCUCACGAAGCUCCGCGAUAGUGCCAUUGAGUUCAUCUUCGGCCGCCAUCCUUCCAAGGCCGCCCAGCCUUCUGCUCCCAGCUACUCACAUUCUCGAUACGUCAAUGAGCUGGUCUUGCGAUUCAAUGUGUCGACUGCCGUCGAGGAGGCGGCUCUCGCGGAGGCGGCUUCUCGUCUCUUCCUGGAUGUAUGGGCCUUUACCGAUCAGUUUGUCGACAUUCGACUCCAUGCCGACGAAGUCGCCCCGCUGCUCAGUCUCCUGCCUCGAUCUCUCCAUCUAUCGCAGUCGACGCUGAUCCCCGAUCUGGCUACCGCAGUCUAUCAGUCUACGCCUUCAUCAAAAGACACCACCAUGGCUUCGGACAGAAUGAUGAUGGGGGCACUGUCAGCGCCACUGAGAGCUGCCGAUAACCUCUUCUUCCAGGACUACCAACCGCUGCCCGUCAUCGUCCGGUGGAUGCGCCUCUUGGAAGCCAUGUUCCCGUCGUAUGUCAAGUACAUCACGAUCGGAAGGUCGUUUGAAGGACGAGAGAUACCGGCACUCCGCGUGGGAGUACCGCAGCUUGCCGACCCUAGCAAGCCACGAAAGAUGAUUGUCGUCACAGGCGGGCUCCACGCCCGCGAGUGGAUUUCAACCAGCACUGUCAACUAUGUGGCGUGGUCGUUUAUAACCUCGUUUGGCAAAGAGCCAAUGAUUACCAAGCUCCUCAACCACUUUGACAUUGUCUUCAUUCCGGCGGUUAAUCCUGACGGUGUUGAAUACAGCUGGCAAGUCGACCGUCUGUGGCGCAAAAGCCGGCAGCAAACCAACCUGCGAUUCUGUCGAGGCAUGGACUUGGACCACACUUUUAGCUUUGGCUGGGAUAGUGCCGAGGCUCGAAGCGACCCAUGCUCGGAGAGCUACGGCGGAGACAAGCCCUUCCAGGCUGUGGAAGCCGCUGAGCUCGCAAACUGGGCUGUGAACCAGACGGAGAAUAACGUCAAGUUUGUGGGUUUGCUAGAUCUCCAUUCAUACUCGCAACAGGUCCUCUUCCCAUAUUCGUAUACUUGCGACACCGAGCCGCCCAACCUAGAAAACUUGGAGGAGCUUGCCAUGGGAAUUGCCAAGGCAAUUCGUCUCUCGAAUGGAGAAUCAUACUCAGUCACCUCUGCCUGCGAGGGCGCCGUGGCUUCCAAAGACGCCAAAGGUCGUGAUCCCGUCUGGUCGCGUAUCGAAUCAGGCGGCGGGUCUGCCAUCGAUUGGUUCUACCACGAGCUGGGCGCGCACUUUAGCUAUCAAAUCAAGCUUCGAGACACGGGGAGCUAUGGGUUCCUCCUCCCCAAGGAAUACAUCAUUCCCACAGGAGAAGAAGUAUUUGAUGCAAUGAAGUACUUUGGAGAUUAUCUUCUGGGGAACAAUGGCAUUGAGAAGACGAUAGGCAAUUACAUGGAAGAGGAGGAGGUGGAACUGGGCGUCGUGGAUGUGGAGUUUGACGACGGCCAGCAGGAGACGUUGCCGAUCCAGGAGCUGCGGCGACGCAGAUUACGAAGAUGAAAUUUUGAUGUAGCACUGCUGGAAUUGGCGUUUUUGUGUUUUUAUUGAUGUUGGUGUUUGUAAUUCUCUCUUCUUCCGCCCAUCAUGAUAU